AUGGCCAAACGUCUUAUUCGCCUCUUUGGUUUCCCCAUUCACCAAGCCCCGGGCGAGGCCGAAGCAGAAUGUGCCCUCCUGCAGCAGGAAGGCUUGGUUGACGCUGUCCUCAGCGAAGACGUCGACACCAUCAUGUUCGGCUGUAGCCGAACAUUUCGCAACUGCUUGGUUGCCUCUGGACUUGAUCGUCAGGGCAUGGUUCUGGUUGCAUUAAUGAGUGGUGGCGACUACCUCCCUGAAGGUGUGCCCGGCUGCGGGUUGAAGCUGGCUUGCGAAGUGGCUCGAGCUGGUUUCGGCAAGAGCUUGUGCAGCCUUAAAGCAGCAGACAAGACCGGCAUCGAUGAAUGGAGAGCAAAUCUCACCCACGAACUACGCACCAACGAAAACAAGUUCUUCCGCACGAAGCAUAAAGCCAUUGUCAUACCGGACAACUUCCCCGAUGUCAAAGUCUUGCGGUUUUACACCCACCCGGCAGUCUCCUCGAAGGCAGCUGUGGAGAACCUAAUCGGGUCGGUCGAGUGGUCCAGACCUGUCGACAUUGGCGGACUCAGACGGUUCACUGACGAGGUUUUUGACUGGACAAAUCGGCCGGGCGCUGUCAAACUGAUCAAGGUGUUGUCCCCGAAUUUGCUUGCUCAGAAGCUCUUUGCACGUUACGAUCACAUCACGCAGUCGCUCGAAAGUCACAGACUGGAAUCAUUAGAACAACAAGAAUUGGCGCUUGUUCAGCGCAUAUCGGCCAAGAGAAGCCAUUUCAGCACGGACGGCAUCCCGGAGCUUCGAGUCUUCCACGUGCCAGCUGACAUCGUGCCACUGGAUCUAUCACAAGAGUCGGACGAAGUGGCAGAGAUGGGAAGGCAGGCCCUCGCACUCAACAGUGAUGGCGAGUUCGAGGGGGCAGUGCCAAGCAACAACGAUGUCGAGGCUGGCGGGCAAGUCGCCAGGACAACCUUCGACCCGACUACCGCACAAGCAGUCUGGCUUCCCGAGAGCCUCGUCAAGUUAGGCGUGCCACUCUGCGUUGAGGAUUGGGAGGAGAGGCAGCGAGCCAAGAUAGAUGUGAUGACCGCGUCAAACCUGGCGAAGCAAAGGAAGAAGAAGACAGCCGGAAGCAACACCAACAAAGCCCCAAAUACACUCGACAAGUGGGUGAAGUCAACCAAAUCCAGGCCUCGAGAGUGUCCCGGAAAGAACGUUGCCGUACCACCGGUUUCGCAGAGCCUCAGUCACUUCAAACUACCUCAACCACUGCCCUCCAAUAUUACGAAUUUCGGGGGCCAUCAACCUCGGGAACCAGCGACCUCAAAACCACACACGUCGCCGAACCGCCCGCUGGCGUCACUGCCUCGAACUAUCAAAUCCAUGGGCGUUCAGUGGCUCACACCAUACGCCUAG